AUAAAAAAAUUACAAACGUCAAAUAUAAAAACUGCAAAAUUGUUGCAGACAUACUAAAUUAGUUUUUUCAUUAAAUUAAUUGCUUAUAAACGUUUGUUUCAUUUGUUUAAAUAAUAUAGUAAAAGUGGUGCUUUGUGUGCGGUUAACACCAAGAAAUGUCUUUAUUUCGUAAACCAAAGAAAAUACAGAGGCGUGUUUUUUCAAGCACCCUAGACGAAGAGGAUGAAAAUGCGGCGGAUGCGAUGGAAGUCGAGAUUGAUGGGGAGCAAUCUGUGCAAAAUAACAAAAAAAGUAAAGACGGCGGCACGAAAAAAUCUAGCAAUAAAACAGAAAAAGUCGAAGAACAACCAAAAUCUAAGGCUUUAUUGAGUUUUGCAGACGAUGAGGAGGAUACCGAGGUAUUUCAGGUGCGAAAAUCAUCAAAUAGUAAAAAAAUCAUGCGCAUGUUGGACCGCGAGCGGCGACGAAAGCGUAAGGAGGAACGCCAUAAUACACAGUCAACUGUAGACGGUGAAUAUAGUGGCGGUGGUGAUGGUGGGGUCUCCAUUGGGCGACAACGUGAACGACAAUCAUAUGAACAUUAUGAGAAUGGAAAAUCUACUAACGGCAGUAGUAAUAAUUCUCACAAUUUAGGUUCCACUACAACAUCAAGUAAUAAAUAUAAGGGUACAACAGCGUUAGCAACGAGCGGAAAGUCCCUAGGCACUGCCUCAGCAACUGCUGUUGAACAGUGUAAAAGUAAAAAAUCUGAUAGUAUCCAAACUGAAAUACGCACAGACGACUUUGUGCUUGUUGUUAAAAAAUCUGAACCGGAAAUUAUACUUAAUGGACGCGCAGCGAUUUGUGCUGGUCGCAACGACAUGUCCGAUGAAGAUGAACAAGAAGCCGAUGAAGAUGAGCAUGAUAGCAAACAUCGUUUUUCUAAACCCGAACACUUAAAACAAAUGUUAGAAAGCGGUUCUAUACCCGAUGCCGCAAUGAUACACGCAGCUCGAAAGCGUCGACAGAAAGCGAGAGAACAAGGUGAUUUUAUACCAGUCGAGGAGCCAAAAGAGCCAGUGAAGAAAGGCAGUCGGUUAGCACGUGAAGAUGUUGAGGGUGAUAACUCCGACGACGAGGAGCGUAUGGACAUGACAGUUGCGACUGGCAAAAAGGAACGCGAUGAACGACGUGAACAAUUUUACGCUGUGGAAAACAACGAUUAUUCCGAUGAAGACUCCGAUCGUGAAAUGCACGAAUGGGAAAAUCAACAAAUACGUAAAGGUGUGACUGGUGCCCAAUUGGUGAGUGCACAACAUGAUGCGGUACUCUCACGGUUCAUGAUAAAACCUGCAGCAAACAAUGCCCUGGAAUAUGUGCCCGAACAGAAAUCGACUUCGACGCUGUUGGAGCAAGCAUAUGCUAAGAGUUCGUUGCAGAAACCCCAACAAAUAUUGAGCGGAACAACGAAGUCGAAAAAGGAAAAGGUUAAAGCCGCUUCAAUGCGCUCACCCAAGGAAAUACACGAUGCGAUACAAACACGUUUGACGAAAUUGCAAGAAGUCAACCAAAAACACAUGAGUGAUAUUGAACGUAUAGUCAACGAUUUGAAGAUAUUAAAGCUGGAGCAAUUAGAUUGUACACAGAAAGCGCCAACAGCGGCAGCAAAAUAUCGAUUUUAUCAAGAGCUUAAAUGCUAUGCCGGCGACUUGGUGGAUUGUUUGACGGAGAAGCACCCUAUAAUCAAUGAACUGGAGAAACGUAUUUUGCAAGUAUACUCAAAGCAUCAACACUUUCUUAUUGAACGUCGUCGUCAAGAUGUGCGCGAUCAGGCCAAAGAGAUGGCAGAGGCUUCAAAACCUGCUGGCUCAAGGCGUGCACCGGAAUCGGAGGAGCAAGUCAGACGUGCUGCGGAGCGUGAAGGUAGGCGCACCCGUCGUCGUUGUGAACGUGAAAAAAAUGAACUGCUUACAUCCCAUUUAGAUGGCAUGUCUAGUGAUGAUGAAACGUCGGAUCGCUACCAGGAGCAAUUAAAAAAUAAUUUAGAGCAAAUAGAAAAGGAGUCAGAGGCAAUAUUUAACGAUGUAAAUGAUGACUUUUAUAAAGUCGAAUUAAUAUUGAUGAAAUUUUUUGCUUGGCGCAAAACCGACAUUGAAUCCUACAAAGAUGCUUUUAUCAGUCUAUGUCUGCCAAAGGUGCUUGGCCCACUAGUACGUUUGGAAAUGCUAGCCUGGUCACCACUGCUCGAUGAAUAUAAAGAUAUUGAAAAAAUGAACUGGUAUUCAGCAUGUAUGCUUUAUGCUGGUAGUGUAGAUGAGACCGAAGCAACUUUAAGACUUGAUCCCGAUGUUAAUUUAGUGCCAACAAUUAUCGAAAAAAUUGUUUUACCCAAGUUGGCAGAUAUUGUGCAUCAAUGCUGGGAUCCACUCUCUACAACACAGACAUUGCGUUUAAUUGGUUUUAUAAACCGUUUGGCACGCGAUUAUCCACUCAAAGCUACUUCAAAACAAUUGCAGCAAUUAUUUGAGAAAAUUUUAGAAAAAAUGAAGCUGGCUUUGGAGAACGAUGUCUUCAUACCAAUAUUCCCCAAACAGGUACAAGAGGCGAAAACUUCAUUCUUUCAACGGCAAUUUUGUAGUGGUCUAAAAUUGUUUCGAAAUUUCCUCAGUUGGCAGGGUAUAUUAGCAGAUAAACCCUUGCGUGAAAUGGCCAUAGGUUUAUUAUUAAAUCGCUAUUUACUGCUUGCUAUGAGGGUUUGCACCGCCAAUGAUGCAAUAACUAAAGCGUACAUCAUUGUGAAUACAUUGCCAACGGUUUGGUUGCAACCGGAAUCGGAAACGUUGCAGAAUUUACAAUUACUAAUUGCCUAUAUAAAACAGACUUUGGACGCAUUCGAUGCAAAUCAUCCACUUUUUAUACAAACUAGUGAUAAAGCAAAGCAAAUUCUGCAACGAUUACACAGCUAUUAGUACGCACACGAUACGAGUAAUUAUACACGUUUGUAACGAUGAUUGCCUGACGUCGUAAAUCAGCACAGUGCUGCAACAUAAUUUGUAGUAUAUACUAUGUAAAUAUUUGUAGUCGAACUAGCUAUACAAUUAUGUAACAUUAUAUUUAAUUCAUUAGCUGUAAGCACUUUUUCAAAACAUCAAAUAAAAUUAGGCAUUACGAAAUUGUGAAAUACGCGCUUGUCACUCCACAAACAAAUAAAUAAAAAAAUAAAAGUUACUAAA